GGCAAGGUUGAUUGACGAGGAAAUUGGUUUGUGAAUUCAGAUUUAUUGUGAUAUGUGAGCAAAAAUCUUAGCUAUUAAACAACUUUGGUGUAAUAGCUUUCCAAUGCUUACUUCGUUUUUACAAGACACAAAUUGUUAAACAUUGUUAUAAAAUCACAGAGAUAGUUUAUUGUAACAGUGAAUAAAAGAUUUCCUUUGUGGUAAUAAAUAAUUACAGAUGUUACAAAAUAACUUUAAACAAGCAAACAUUUAAAUGUUAUAAUGUUGUACGUAUAAAUUAGCAUUCAAAAUGAUGCAACCAUCAACUGAAGGUGGUUUGAACAUCGCUGAAUUAGCGAAUCGAUUACGAAGGGAGAAAAUAUUCAUUAAUUCCGAGCGACAAUUAAUCCAAACACUUAAUGAGGAGCUGGAGAAAACUACUCUUGAACUUCUGCAGGCUUCUUGGAUAUGCACUCAGGAGCGUCAGAAUCUCACCAACUUGAUAACUUCAAGAUCUGAUGCAGAGUCUAUAGCUGCUUGUCAACGAGCCAGUCUUCUUGAAGGCUCUACAUUCGUUGAUGCUUUUAAGGUGUUCAAGUACAAAGAGGCUUCAGCUGUUGGUGAAUUGCUAGGAUGGCUUCGAGAGACACCACACCUAAUGGCCCUGUGCCUCACACUGGGGGAAGACCAUGCUCCGCCCAACUUGACCUCUUCUUUGGUAGCAGGUUUAUAUGGUAGCUGUCGAUCACCUGAUGACAGAACUCGCCUACUAGCUGUUAUACGAUCCUUGAUCAAGUACCAGAUGGUGCCUAGUCCAGACCCGAGAAAGUUGUUCCGAACAAAUAAGAAUUCUCUUUCGUCCUUGUUCGCCGUAUAUCGAGACGGUCAUACGCCAGCACGCCAGUUCCUCGUAGCGGCGCUGCAAGCCCCCGUCAUGGCGGUAUUGCACGAGGACGAGUUCUUCCUAGAUAUCGACCCGGACAAGGCUAUGGAGAGGUUCUCAGCGUCAGAUCGCUUAAAGAAAUUCGGGCAGGCGAACAGCACCGAGUACAGCGCGAAGGUUGCUCGCUACCGGAAGUGGACUGUGCAGUCGUUGUACAACCUCACCACCAAGUUCAUAUCGGCACUGAGGGAGUGUUGGCCAACCUUCCCCACCACGAUCGCCUGGAUCGUACAGCAGAUUGUGCAUCUCUUAAAAAAACAUUCCAGGAGCAGUGAACGUGAAGUGCACGCCAUCUGUACCGACCUCGUGCUGAACCAGUUCAUAUGCGCGGCCAUCGUGAACCCUGAGGCCCACGGCAUCAUCGAGAUCCCGGUCUCGUACAUCGCCCGCUUCAACCUCAUACAGAUCGCGCAGAUCAUACAGAUGCUCUGUCUGGCCAGAUAUCAGGAGGUGGAGCCAAAGGUGCGCGAUUUGUACACAAAAUUCGAGCGAUCCUGCGUCUGGUCACUGGUAGAGGCGGUGACUAGUCCUCAGCUGGGUGCUGCUCCCGCUCCGCCCGCCGGCGACGCUCCACUGAGGACCGACGUACGGAACAACACGCCCGUGGCGCUCUUCACACGCGCGGACCUGCGGGCAUUAAUGACAUAUUUGCGUCGGAUAUCGUCAAAGUUGAACAACAACACGGCCAACGGCUCGAGUGAUGAAGGACAGAAUGGAACUGUUCCCACAACCAAUGAUCUGGUUAACUUUGGGGAUACAGAUACUUCUGCCAGUAGAGAGGUGGUGGACCCCUCAAGGAAUCUGGAACGCAGUGACAGUACGGAAGGAGGCGAGGGUGUGGAGAGGCUGGCAGCGCUGCUCCAGACCUUGGAGCCCAACUACAAAGCAAGACUCCAUGAUCUUCUGCGGAAAGUUGGCGACCUGAGCACUGUCAAGACAUCGCCUGACAACCGAGAGAUUGAGAACUGUCAAGCGAAGCGCAGUCUGCUCGCCAAGGUGCCCAAGCCCAGAAUGGCGAGGGGCAAUGGGUCAGAGGAGAGGGUGGAGAAAGAACACCUGGAACCACCCGAGGUGCUCAUCAUAAAGCUUGCCAACGUUGAUGAGCAGGAUUAUCUUGGCCUGGUGCCGGAGUCCAAAGUGUUGGAAUGCUACUACGGAGGGUCGGAGGCGGGCGACACCGAGGACCCGGCAGCUCUGACUCCGGGCCCGCCGGCCCCUGUGCAGAAACGUACCAGGUUCUCGGUGUUCCACGACGAGGUGUCGCUGGGCAACACGUCCGACAACCUGGAGGCGGUGUCGGAGGCCGCUUCCAACCACAGCGUCACGUCAAGCCUCGAGCUGGAGACGGAGGACCAGAACGACAACCUAUCCGACAUGGUUUCGGCAAACGUUAGCGGUCGCGGCAGCCCUAACAUAUCGGGCCGAGAGACGCCGUCCUCGCAGGUGACCGAUGGUGACGCUGCAGGUGAUCAACCUGUCCGACGACUUUCACAAAAUGCGCCGGGGAGCCAAGCCACGCGGGCAGCGCAGGUCAAACUGUUGAACCAGACGCGCAACGAGAUUGACGAUAAGUUCUGCAAGUUUGAGAUCAAGAAGCUGCUUGAAGGCGACGAGACUAUCAGCAUAAUGUCUGACACGUGGAGCACGGAUGUGCUCGCCAGCGACUCCGAAACCAUCGGCGAUACGUGCGAUCACGCCAACUCGCACGCAAACACUGGUUCGACGGUGAACAACACGAACGCGCCCGACGUGUCGGAGACUGCGAGCGAGUCCGCGUGGAGCAUCGACGUGCUGGCGUCCGACAGCGACCGUAACACUGAGGUGGAUACGGACGAUUGCGUGUCAGUGGCGGCACGCUCCGACACGUCUGCGUCGUGGCCGCACAGCGCGCACGCACCGGCUCCUACUCGCGCCGUACAGAACGGACAAGCAAAAAGGCCUGAAGUCAACAGCCCGCGACACACGCCUCGUUUUGGAAUGCCUAACAGAUACGGGGGCGUAUACCAGAGCGCGACCGCGACACUGUCCCGCGGCGGCGAACUCGAUCUGCCGUCUCACUCGCACGCGCACCAUUACUCAAUAGAGAACAGGAAGAGUAUACUCGUCAACGGAUAUCCGGUGAUGACGUGUUACGCCACGUCAGCUCCGGAGAGCCCCAGUACGGCGCCGCCUAUGGCCAACGACGUGUUUGACUACGAGCCGCAAAAGAAUAGUGAGGCUCCGCCGGAAGGCACGGUAGAGGCUCCAGGAGAUGCUGCGGUGGAGGGUGAAGGUGAGGCGGACGAGCAGGUGGCCACGACGAGCGCUGGCGCCGACGCCACCAGCCAGUGGGUGGACGACAGCUUCCCGCGACAUGAUGGCUGCGUCGCCAACAAGUACAGCGCCGACAAGGGUUAUGAGGAACACGAUAUGGACAGGUCACUUAACUCGAGCGAGAGUUCCCUCAACGCCAUGUCGGUGUCGCAGUACGGACGCUUCGAACCCGGCGUGGAGCCGCCGAGGCCGGAGCCCGAGCGCUCCGCUAUCGAGAAUCUGAUGACGCGUAUGUCAGCCGCGACCAUCUCCUCCAAUAUCGUGAACAAUAUCACGUCGCGGAUCGUCAAGUCAGAGCUGCGGACUAGUGUUGUCAACAUAAGCUCGUCGCGAGUGGAUCGCAAGCGGGAUUCCAGCAACGUCUCGUUGAGCACCCUGUCGAUGACCAGCGAGACGUCGGCGUCCGACCGCAGCUCCAGCCAGGAGGUGAUCAGCGACAACGUGACGGAGAGAAGGAUCAGCCCGCCGCCCAAACCCUCAACCGGCGCCAUACCCAAGAGUAUCAGCUUCGACACAACAGCCGAGAAAUCGCAGAGAAGACGAAUAGUGGGAGAGGAUGGCCUGGUGGGAAACCUGGACGAGCUGAAGAACAACGUGAAACGCUCCGGUGGCAACCUGCUGCAUAAGAUCAAGAUGUUCCGCCAGAAGGGACGCUCGCAUCAACAGAACGAUAUCAAAGUAUGUGAGGAAGAGUCACCGCGGUGCGGGGAAGAACGUGUAUUGGAGGUGGCUGCUGGAGAGAGCUCGGAAGAGAUUCUUGCCAAGUACCGGCGUCACAGCGACGGAAAAACGCGCCAGAUUGUACGCCGAGUCUCUGACCUGCCCGACCUGGAACUAGACAGAUGCGAGGGCGUGGUGGACCUCAAUGAUCCUGAACAGUUCAACAUCAUGAAACGCAGACUACGCACUGUGCUCUCCAGCACCGACUUCCACUACGUUGAAUACGUGCCUAACCGUUGCACUGUAUCGUCGCUAGCCGAGUGGAUCCGCGCGGGUAACUGUCCCGAAGCCGCGGCGACCGCUCGCGCCCUGGCGUCUGCGGGCACGCGGGCGGCGCGACUCGCGGCGGCGCUGCGGGCAGAUCUAGCGGCGCGGAGACCAUACGCGGCCUACCUGGCCUCGUGUCGCGCCACGCUGCACCACAGGCGACACGAGCUCCUGGUUCAGCUGAAACAAGUGCGUCGCGAAUACAGCGAGUGCGUGCGCGCGGCGGCGGCCGCUCGCGUGUUGGACCAGUUGGAGCGCGGUCCGGCGCUGCGGCGACUCACGCGGCAGCACCAUCGCACGCACGACGGCGGAGAGCUGAUGGACGAGCGUGCCAGCCGGCUGACGAGCAGUAUCCGCGCGGUGACGGCCGAGGUGCGCGCCGACGCGGGCUGGGAGGCGGCCUCGCGCACGGCGCUGGACGCCGCCGACCUGGCCGUGGAGCGCGCGGUGUACGCCCGCCUCUACCUGCACGUGCUCUUCCCCAACGGCGACGGCGACAUCUCGCGCGACCAAGUGCUCAGUGACCACAUUCGUCGACUGUCGGCGUGCACGAGUGCGAGCCGUGCAGGUGUAUCACCCGGUCAUCUUUGGGCUGCGCCCUUCCCGCAUGCGCAGCUUCUACUCCGUCAGCUGCCGGUCUACCGCACCCCUAGGGACAAGGUGUCGUGCGUGAUGCGCUGCGUGUCGUCCCUCAUGUCGGUGCUGUCGUUGACGGAUGGAACCCCGCCCGCCGCCGACGAUCUCACCCCCGCUCUUGUGUUGGUUAUCAUCAAGGUGAACCCCCCGUCGCUGCUGUCCACCAUCGAGCUGGUGAACGCGCUGGCCGGUGCAGUGCUAGCUGGUGAGGCGUUGUACUGGUGGACGCAGUUCUGUGCCGCCGUAGCCUACAUCAAGAGCAUGGAGUACAGGGACACGUAGCCCGCGACCGCGCUGCUUCCGACGUCAGCGCGCACCGAACGGAAUGAAUCUAUGUGGCGCAAGAGUAUACGACCCCGCAGUCGUACUGUCUAAUCAACGUCAACGUGA